AUGAGUUAUACUAGACCAGACAUAGCCUUUACGGUAGGCAUACUGAGUCGAUUCACUAGUAAUCUUGACAAAGAGCAUUGGGAUGCUCUGACGAGGCUUAUGAGAUACCUUAAGGGUACUCUAAGGUAUGUCUUACACUAUACUGGACAUCCUCCAAUUUUAGAAAUAUAUUCUGAUGCAUUGUGGUGCUCAAAUUUGGGAGACAGUAAAUGUACCAGUGGAUAUGUAUUUACAAUGGGUGGAGCAACUGUUGCAUGGAAAUCCAAGAGACAGAAUUGUAUUGUUCUGUCAUCUAUGAAAUCGGAACUUGUUGCUCUAGCUUCUGCAGGAGAUGAAGUAGAGUGGAUCAAAGAUCUGGAUGACGAAGAUGGAGGAGAACGUUUAAAUAUGGAACUCGAUGAUGAUGACUUACUUGAUGAGUAA